CAUUCAUGUCUCAACUUCUUACUAUGGCUAGAUAAACUACAGCUCUCUUCGUCCUUAUCGUGAUUCUGGUCUCAGCGCUUCAAUAAGCUCUUGCAAUUGACCGAAGGCCACUCGAAACUUUCAAACACGAGCUGACGAGGGAGUGGAACUGCCCGAAGCGACAUUCCCAGAGGGUUCUUGUCACCAUGGUCUCCGCCGCCUUGCCGCAAUUCAAUCCAGCACGCAUACGCUCGUAUCUCUUGCGACUUCCCAUCUUUACGCGUGUUGCUCUUUUCGCCAUUAUCGCAUUGUGGUUCUUAAGCAUACUACCGUUGUGGGACGUACAACAAUGGGGUGCUCUCAUCCCAAAUGAGAUACAUCUGAGCACAAUGCAUCGACUCAACACGUACCCUUUGGUCCAUUUGAACUUCUUCCAUGUCUUGUUCAACGCUUUGGCUUUGACCCCACUACUGGAGCGCUUCGAGGCCGAGCAUGGCACUCUCGUAACAUUGGCCAUGUUCCUUGGGCCUCUAUCGACUUUCCCCGCCGGCUUGUACCUCCUGAUUGAGCGCGUGAUUCUUCGUGGAAACAAUGCUGUUGAAGGCGCGAGCGUAUGGGUUUUUGUACUCCUUGCGGCCGAGGCGAUCAAAACGUACAAGACCAAUCCCCAUUUCAGCAUUGGUCCUUAUAAGAUCCCCACGUGGUCCACCCCGUUGAUUCUCACGUUGGUCAUUAAUUUCCUCGUUCCCAGCUCGAGUUUCCUUGGUCAUAUCUGCGCGAUUGCUGUUGGCUAUCUCUUUGGCUUUGGCUACCUCAAAGUGUUUGCGCCGCCGGAGAAGGCCCUUCGCUGGAUCGAGGGCAAGCUGGAUCUGCUCGGAAGACUACCUCACUACGUUUCAGUGGACCAGAAGACCUAUGGCCGAUAUGGAGUGUUGCCGUCUUCGACUCCAACACUUGCCGGUGCCGCUGAUGGCCAGGUUCCCAUGACCUAUCAGGGAUCUACGCAACGUUUAGGUCCAUGAGAUGGAUAGAAUCCGGGUAUUGACCAUGUUUCUCUGUAUGAUAUGUAAUGAAGGAC